AUGGAUCAAGCAGGCAUUAACUCCAACAUUAUUUUCCAAAUUGUUAAGCGUGAUAGACAAAAAAGUGUUCGUCGAAAAUACCUAUUUGAACUUGGACUACAACUGGUCAGGCCUCAUAUGGAAAGACGUUUGACAAAACCAAUACCUCGAAAAUUGAAAGAAUCAAUAAUGAAUAUUCUAGAUAUGAAAACAGAAGAAAAAGUUGAUCCACCUCCAGCAAAAUUGCUAAAACAGACUCGCUGCAUUUUAUGUCCAAGAACAAAUGACCAAAAAACAAAAACUGCCUGUGCGAAAUGUUUCAAGGCUGUUUGCAGCAUUUGGAGGGCCAUCGAGCUGGUGUCCUGGGCACAGGUUCCAUGUGACCAUAGGGUGGAUUGA